AUGAUCGAAAGAUUCCACCGGCAGUUGAAAACAGCCAUUAAGAGUCACCAGACGGAAGAAUGGGCAGAAAUACUACCGGUAAUCAUGAUGGGAAUUAGAGCAGCAUGGAAGGAAGACCUGCAGACGACACCAGCUGAAAUAGUCUUCGGAGAAUCGAUCCGAUUACCCGGACAAUUCCUCGAAGAGACCUGCGCAAAAUUUGACGACACGGAGGAUUUCGCAGCACGAUUAAAUAAAAUUAUAAGAAACCUGCAGCCAAAACUAAAAAGACACGGAGAAAAAGCUAUUUUUAUAUAUAAAGAUUUAGCUACAACACAACGAGUGUUCCUCCGUCAUGACGCACCGACGAGAGCUUUGCAGCCACCAUACGAUGGACCAUUCAAAGUUCUAAACAGAGGAGAGAAAACCUUCAAAAUCUGCGUCAAUGGUCGACCUGUCAACGUGUCAAUCGAUAGAUUGAAACCCGCCUACAUUCUGGAGCAAGAAGAACCGGAGCCAGCUCAGUCGUCAACUGGAACCACACAAACUCCCGAAGAGCCACAGCAACAACAACGGACGAGAAGCGGUCGUAUUUCACGUCCACCAGUCCGUUUCCAGGGACUCUAA